AUGUUUUUAACAAGAAGUGAAUAUGAUCGUGGUGUCAGUACAUUUUCUCCCGAAGGUAGACUAUUCCAAGUCGAAUAUUCAUUAGAAGCAAUUAAAUUAGGAUCCACUGCCAUAGGGAUUUCCACAAGUGAAGGUGUAGUUCUUGGGGUGGAGAAACGUGCGACCUCUCCAUUAUUAGAAGCUGACUCGAUUGAAAAGAUAGUGGAAAUUGAGCAUCAUGUAGGUUGUGCUAUGAGUGGACUUACUGCCGAUGCUCGUUCUAUGAUUGAACAUGCUCGUGUUGCAGCUGUGAAUCAUAAUCUAUAUUACGAUGAAGACAUGAAAGUGGAAUCAUUGACACAAUCUGUUUGUGAUUUGGCUUUGAGAUUUGGGGAAGGGGCCUCUGGUGAAGAAAGAUUAAUGUCGAGACCAUUUGGUGUUGCCCUAUUGAUUGCAGGUUAUGAUGAUGAUGAAGGUUAUCAGUUAUAUCAUGCUGAACCAUCCGGAACCUUCUACCGCUAUAAUGCUAAAGCUAUUGGAUCAGGGUCAGAAGGUGCUCAAUCAGAACUACAAAACGAAUGGCAUUCAUCAUUAACUCUAAGAGAAGCUGAAGUUCUUGUGUUGAAGAUUUUAAAACAAGUAAUGGAAGAAAAAUUAGAUGAAAAUAAUGCCCAAUUGAGUUGUAUUACGAAAGAUAAUGGAUUCCAAAUAUAUGAUAACGCAAAGACUGCAGAAAUUAUCAAAGAAAUGAAGGAAAAGGAAACACAAGAACAUCCUGAAGGGGAAGAAGAACAUGAUGUUGAAAUGUCAUAA